UUGCAGCUCCUCUACUCAGUGUUGCAAUAGCCGUUGUAUUCUUUCCACAAAAUGCAUUUGAGGAGUAUAAAUGCACUUCGAAAAGUUAAUAUCCUCACCCGAUUUAUUCAACGUUCACCUUCGCCGAUUUUUCCUAUUAGAACAUCAUUAUUAUACUCAACUACGUCUUCUUCUUCUUCUUUAUCGGAUUCAAAACACCAAAUUGAACAAACCGUCAUCGAUUCAAAGGAUAUUUGGCAACCUGUAUAUCGUCUACAUCCGAUUGUCUUCAUACAGGCUUUUUCUCGUUUCAAACUUUUGUUAAGUGGUGCACUAAUCGUUGGUUGUCCUAUAAUCACUUACGGAUAUAUCAAUGAUUCGAUAUCUUCUUCACUCUUCUUCGCCUUCAUGGGUUCUGCUGUAUUCUCCUCGUGUACUUUGAUUAUAUAUAGUUGGAUUAGUACAAAGAUUGUUGGAGUUAUAAGCGUUCACAAGACAUCUGGACUUAUGCGUAUUGGCCACUUGACAUUUUGGGGGAGACGUCAAAAUAAAAUUUUGAAUGUGAAACAAAUUAUCCCCCCAUCAGAUUUACAAGAUUCCCCAGAAGACAAUAAAUCUGUACGCUUUGGAAUUAUUAGUGAAGAAAACGAGCAACAUUCAAAGCAUCCAGGCAUAAUAAUAAAGCAAACAUUCUUCCUCACUAGAAUUAAAUCAGAAAUCAUAGACAAAGAUUUAUUUAAAAGUAUAUUUGGUUUCACUUGGUA